UGGCUGCAUGAGGGUAUUUAAAUAGAAACAAUGCCUUAUGGAGUAAGACAGGGCUUUAUUUGAAGAAAACAACAUACUUAUAAAACAUAUAAUUUGUUUCCAUGUUCAAAUGUGUUUGUCACGGCGUGCUGUGGCUGCAAUUUAACCCCAGUGUGACAGCUCAGUGAGGGGCCAGAGGAUGGACAACGGGACAGCCUCGGGUGGGACAGCAGAGGACAUGGAGGGGAUCUGUGUGAUGCCAGAUUUGAGUGCCAUCAAGACAGAGCAGUCCAUGGGUGCGAGCCCUGAUGACACAGGAACCCAAAAUGUGGCCAUGGGCAUCAAGUUCAUCCUGCCCAACCGCUUUGACAUGAACGUGUGCUCCAGAUUUGUGAAGUCUCUCAACGAGGAGGACAGCAAGAACAUCCAGGACCAGGUCAACUCUGAUCUGGAGGUGGCUUCUGUUUUAUUCAAAGCUGAGUGCAACAUCCAGACAUCACCUUCCCCGGGGAUACAGGUGCGCCAUGUUUACACGCCCUCCACCACCAAGCAUUUCUCCCCCAUCAAACAGUCCACCACGCUCACGAAUAAACACCGUGGCAACGAGGUGUCUUCAACGCCUCUUUUGGUGCAUUCUUUGUCCAUUCAUCAGCUUGCAGCCCAGGGUGAAAUGGUGUUUCUGGCCAGCAGGAUCGAACAAGAGACUGUAAUCAACCUCCAAGAUGAGGAAGGCUUCACUCCUCUGAUGUGGGCAGCUGCACACGGACAAAUCGCCGUUGUCGAGUUUCUCCUCCAAAAUGGUGCUGACCCAAACCUCCUGGCCAAAGGGAGGGAGAGCGCACUGUCCUUGGCCUGCAGUAAAGGAUACACUGAUAUCGUGAAGAUGCUCAUCGACUGCGGCGUUGAUGUCAAUGAAUACGACUGGAAUGGAGGAGCCCCUCUGCUGUACGCCGUCCAUGGGAACCACGUGCGCUGUGUGGAAAUCUUGUUAGAGAGUGGUGCUGAUCCUACCAUCGAGUCAGAUUCUGGAUUCAAUGCAAUGGACAUGGCUGUGGCUAUGGGUCACCGGAAUGUCCAACAGGUGAUGGAGGCUCACCUGCUGAAGUUACUGAUGGGAAUCAGAGAGUGAGCGGGGACGGAAGUGACGGCGCUGGGCUCCGGACAAUCAUGUAGCACGGCCAGGCUGUGGGCCAGCAGGAACGUUAUGUUCCACUGAGUGAUAUUUCAAAAGCGUUGCAUCAUAUCAACAUUAUUUUUGUUGACAUGACGCACAUGAAGGUUUUUGCAGUGCGAAUUUUAACUUUGAACCCUCUUUUAAACUGUUUUACUUUUGCAUUUUUAUCCACUUUGAAUGUGGAGUAGCAAAUCUGAUCAGAUUUUCAAAGAACAAUGUAAAGUUGAGUUCUUUGCUACAACCCAGCAUGCACUGCUCUCCACCUGUAGUAUGUUGCACAAUGUGGAGUGCAGUGUAGGAUUGAUUUUGUGUUAACCAAGCAUGGAGGUUUUGUUUUGAGUCUUUUUAAUAUUGUUUAUGUUCCACCCUUUUCCCGUCAUGGAAGCGGGGUUUUUUUUAAACUAACUUAUUAACCACAACGAGAGAAUAUCAAUGUAAUAUGUUGAAUUUUCAUACCGUCUGGUCUUCAUAGUGAGCUCGUUUUGCUCUUAUGAGGACAAAUCAUCGGUUGGAUUGAAAAAAGGUUUUUACAGACUGCUUUUAAGAGUUUGCCAAGCUGUUUGUUGAUCCUGAAGAUCUCUGUGUUUGCUGUACUGACAUUAUUUAUUUGAAUAAUUUAGUCACUGUGUUGUAAUGUGACAAAAGUAUAUUGAUGUGAGGUCUGUUUUGUUUCUGUGUAUUGUGAUACUAACGUCCACUGACGUGUUGUGAAUUUCUAAAUAGACCUCACACCUCAUUAAAACAACAACAAGGGUUCUGUGGUGCCGUUUGCCACUGUGUGAUGGUGCUAUUGGUUCAUACCAGUCAUAGGUGGUGUAUCGACAAAAAACGUUUACUGACCUCACUAAUUCUGUAGAGAUUUAUCUGAAUGCAAUUCAUAAAAGGUCAACCCACUGUUUAUCACUGAUAUGAAGCUGUUAUUUAAUUAAAAUAUCUUUUUAA